UGCACAUUUGCUGUACCUAUGGACGGGUCCAGCCACACCUCCGUCUCCCCUGCUCCUCCUCCACCCUCGGACUCUUCGGGCAGCACGACAGUGCUGAUUGGCCAGUAUUGUGACAGAAGGAGGCGAGAACAAUAGCCGUAGAUCCCCUUAAAAAGAGUGCAGCUAUGCUACGGAGCAGGAAGCAUUUUGGGUACCACCGGCCGGGGGCGACGCAAACGACAUUAAUAAUAAAAUAAUACCUCUGGGCCUUUCUUUUCACUACGGGACUCAAAAGAACUGAAUGCUGCAGUGCCAAGUAUAGCUCAUGCUAUUUGUUAUAGUUCUCUUUUGAAGUGCCUUGUCUCUUCUCUACUAAAACCCAAAGAUGCCCAGAGGUUUUCUGGUGAAACGGAGUAAGAAGUCCACUCCCGUAUCCUACCGCAUCCGAUGCGAAGAUGGCGAUCUUGAUGAUGUACCCCUACAGUCACAAGGUCCAAUCUUGGGUGGCCCGUCUCCUCCACCUGCUAUGUACUCCUCAUCGAGCCCCGAACACUGCAGCGCCGUUUCACCUAGUCUGGUCGAGCGAACAGCUGCACUGCAGGAUUCGGCAUCGAGCAGGGGAGUGCAGUUUGGCAAUCCUGAUACAGUGUGCCAUUCUCUGUCUAGUCCAACUAGACCAGUGAGCAGGGAGCAGCAAGACAAGACAUUCUUUGAAAGAAGCUUCAACCUGGGCUCUCCUGUGUCUGCGGAGUCUUUCCCGACACGGGCAGUAUUGAGUACUAUUGAUCAACUGCUCUUCGCUCCAGCGGACUUGCACAUCGAUUCCAGCAGUAGCAACAUCAGCAUCAGUACCACCAGCAGCAGCAGCAUCAAUAUCUGUUGUAACAACAGCCUCUUAACGUCAGCAAUCCGAAGUUCAAGUAAAAGACCCCUACCUGAACCUGAACGCAAAGUGAAGCCGCCAGCACCCAAAAAGCCCAAAGCAAUCCGAAAGCUGAACUUCGAGGAUGAAGUUACAACAUCGCCUGUGCUAGGGCUUAAAAUAAAAGAGGGGCCUGUGGAACCAAAGCCAAGACCUCUAACAUCCGGAGGCAGUAAGCCAUUGGGCGAAUUUAUAUGCCAGCUGUGCAAGGAAGAAUAUGCAGACCCCUUUUCCUUGGCUCAGCAUAAAUGUUCCAGGAUUGUCAGAGUUGAAUACAGAUGCCCUGAAUGUGACAAAGUCUUCAGCUGCCCAGCAAACCUGGCGUCUCACCGUCGGUGGCAUAAGCCAAGACAAACCAAUGGAGCUCAAGUUGCUUCUGGACCAAAUAAGACCGAAAGCAAGGUUAUCCUUGGGGAUUUCAAAGCAAUGAUUUGCGACCAAAAAGAUAUUAGAAGUGAAGGUGGGAGUGAUCGAGACACUCCAAGCCCCGGGGUGUCUGAGUCGGGUUCCGAAGAUGGACUUUAUGACUGCUACCACUGUGGGAAAAAGUUCAGACGCCAAGCGUAUUUGAGAAAACAUAUUUUAGCUCACCAGAGCCUCCAAAGCAAAACCAGCGAAGAACAUAUACUAUGUGCAUCAUUCCAAAGUGUAGAUGGAUCAGAAAAACAGAAACAAACUAGUACAGGAGGUAACCAGAGCCCUUGCCCCUUGAACCUGAGUCCAUCGGAGUGCCACCUCUGUCCAGUGUGUGGGGAGACCUUUCCCAGCAAAGCCAGUCAAGAGCGUCACCUCCGUCUUCUGCACUCCUCCCAGAUUUUCCCCUGCAAAUAUUGCCCAGCUACUUUCUACAGCUCACCAGGACUCACCCGGCAUAUCAACAAAUGCCACCCGUCUGAAAAUCGGCAAGUCAUCCUUCUUCAGAUGCCGGUCCGCCCUGCCUGUUAAUUCCUGCGAAGAAGAUGGAGCAAUGGUGCCUUUUGCGACCCAGAGACAGAGACCAUUGUGGUCGCAUUAACAAACUGAAGUGGCUCGUCUUAGGUCUGUCUGUCUGAUGUUUGACUGUAAAGCACCUAAAUGUAAAGUUGCACAUCCCAUUCAUCCAAACAUGUUUUGCUUUGUGUAUUAAAGUAGCUAAAGGUACUACAAAUUACCCUUCUCAAAUGGAUGCUACUAAUAAGAAUUGACACUUAACUUUCUUUGGACUGUGUUGUCGGACUUCCGAAAUGUUAUCAAAUUUGACAUUUCUUCGUUCCUUCUCACUUCUCUCUACCCCACCCCAUAUCCACCCACCGAGUCUUUUACUAUUUUCUUGUAUAGAUCCUACAAACUGCCAAACAGCCAUAAUCCACGAAGACAGGUCAUUUCUUAGGUAAGGAUUUAAGGUCGAGGGAUCAUAUUCUGUCCUACGGGUCGUUUUGUUUUGCAAAGGGGAUCCUUGACAAAAACGAUGCCUUUCACAGGCUGUAAGUUGAACUGCAUACAUUAUUAGCUUUAUUAUAGCUUGUGAACUGCUAGAAGUUGGCUUUUUAUGUGAACAAAUGCAAUCUGCUUUAUAUAGCAUCCCAAUAGAUUAGCCACAAAUGCCUUGAAGUUUUCGUGUCCCUUUUAAUGCUGUAAACAUGCCUUAACGUUUAUGUGUCGAAUUUUUCCUUGUUUUCGUUUUAUCACUGAAGAAUUCGUACAAUGAUUUACUGUCUGUGUAUAUGUUCACUAAUAUGGGAUAAUGCUAUUUAUUUGCGUUUAUUUAUAAAAUACAAAUGUUAUCUUGUUUGGUGUGUAUAUUACUUUGUGUUUCAGUGAUUUUCUUUUUUGUAUAAUGGACCAUUUUUAAACAAAAAACGAAUUACCGAAGAUGUUUUAUACAUUGUUGAAUUAUUUAAAAAAUUGUAUCCUUUAUCAUGCUUUUAAAACGCAGAUAGCUCUUAUCAAACAGAUAGCUCUUACUUUUAGAAGGAAUCUUUUCUAUAUACAUUAUUUUCGUAAUUGUUAGACUUUUAUAGAAUGCUUCGAUAUAGUAUUCAACUGUGUAACUAUCUGCAAUUUAACUUUAAAUAAAAUAUUUUCAAACAAGA